UCUUUCUCUCUAUAAAAACCCAAAAUCAAUAACAAUUCUACGCAGCGAGCUCCAAAAUUAAGAUAUUUUGACGAUAAUAUGGCUCUCGUAAGGCAAUUCUCUGCAACUCCGGUGCUGCUGCUGCUGCUGCUGGCCGUUUCUUCCGCGGCGGAUUCUUACGGCAUCCCCGACGGGGAAGAUUACGCGCCACCCAAGACUGUACGCGGAGCGGGCGAUCAUGACGGAACGGCGCCGUUUCCAACCACCCUGCCCAUCUACGAGAAACCGCCCCCGUCGUACGGCGAGGAAGCGCCGGCGCCGCUCACCAUCGCUGUUGAAGGAGUUGUUUCCUGUAAAACUGGCUCCAAAUAUUCUCCACUCAAAGGUGUUGUAGCGAGAAUCACAUGUGUAGCUUUGAACGAAAAAGGUAAUGAAGUGGCUCCUUUCUCAUUCUCCAGUUUCCCAACCGACGAGCAUGGCUAUUUCUUGGCCACAUUGUCACCUUCCAAGCUCAAGGGCAAGGCUAAGGUGACCCAAUGCAAGACCUUCCUUCCACCUUCGCCAUGCGAGGACUGCAAAUACCCGACCGACAUUAACAACGGCGUCACGGGUGCUCUGUUUAGUUCUUUUCGCAUUCUCACGAACAAGAAGAUGAAGUUGUACUCUGUUGGACCUUUCUUCUACACCUCAGAACCAAACGCGUCCCCUAUACCCGAUGGUUACUGAUCAUUACAAUUUUAAGAAAAAUAUAUUUCUUUCGUUUGUUCCUUUUUUCUCUCUUUUCUUUUAAGAUUGUUUCAGUUUGGUUUCGUUGUUGUUCAAUUGUUGAAAAAUGUCACUGUGGAGGGAGAAGUUAUUCAAUGCAGUCGUUUUCUCAUAAUAAAGAUGUAUUGUCAAGAAAAAUAUAUAUUUCUUAUUUUC